CAAAAUAACACUCUGCAAAAUUCUUGAUUGUGGAUUGGACGAAAUGAUUUGAUACGCUUAGCGAGCGUAUAAAAGGCGCACUAAAACACACUUUGAAAUUAAAACGAGUAAGCAGCUACACUUCAAGAACCAUAGUCCUUUUCGUGAAAGAAAAAAUUCAUCAAAACUUAGAGAAUGGUAUCCAGAAGAUUUUAUAUUAUUUUCUUAAUUAUAUUAACAGCGAAAAGUGAAAAUAUUACGUUGGGAAAUGUUAUGAAAAAGAUUGUGUCGGAAUACAGUAAUUCGAUGUCAACUGACAACAACUUCUCUCCGUGGUUUUUUGAACAAAUGAUAAAACUCCUAAACUGUGGUCCUUUACCGAAAUUGAACAACAGUCGAAUACAAUAUACUUUGAAAUGGGAAGAGCAAAAAAUACACCUGCAACAAAAGUGCAACCGCUAUUUUGAAGCAAGCGUAGAGAAUACGUCCGAUAUUAUUUGUUGGAAUGGUAAAUGGAUGUACGAAGAUAAAAAAUGUAAGUUAAUAACCUGUCCCAUUUUUCAUAAACCUGCACACGGUCUCAUGAUAAAUGUUGCAUACACAUAUAACUCUGUUAUUCACUUUUCCUGUCCUUCUGAUUAUAUUUUGCGAGGAAACGAUUCAAUGCGGUGUCAAGAAAAUCAGCAGUGGUCGUCUCUACCACCAGUUUGUGAAAUUGUUAAAUGUCUCCCACUGCAUCCACCCAAACAUGGCAAUAUAAACAAUACAAAUGAAGUUAAAGUUAACGAAAUAGUUUCUUUCACUUGCUUAAAACCAUAUAAUGUGAAAGGUGAAUCUGUAUUAACUUGUCUUCGAGACGGUAACUGGAACUUUCCGACACCUGUUUGCACUUUGAAAUGUGUCGUACCUGAAAUUGCUGGCAGAGUUGUGACUAUUUCUGAAGGUACAAUUUUAAAACCAAGAACCUUUAUCAAUCAAGGAGGGAAAGUGUUAUAUUCUUGCAAACGAUCUUUCAUUCCUGUUACGUUUGGUGUCGUUCAAUGCUUGUCGGGUAAAUGGUACCCAGACAUACAGUGCAGAAAAACGUGUAAAAUUGAGAAACUACAUGGAUUAAAUUUUAUUUUGUCACAUAAUUUUUCAGUUAUUGAAUAUAGCUGUUCAGCAGUAGAAACUUUGUUGGGAGAUUCUAAAAGAACCUGUUUAGAAAAUGGAACGUGGAGUGGAAAACUUCCACGAUGUGUAAAGAACUGUCAAUUGUUACCCGGGUUUGGCAUACAUAGCUACCGGAAUUCAGACACUUUGAAAUAUCUUCCGUUUGGCAGCACAGUCACAGAAAACACGAAUGUUACUUAUUCAUGUCAAUAUCCUUAUGUGAAUAACUCCACCGAUACUGCGAUAUGUCAAAAUGGUGUAUUGACCCCCAAACCACACUGUUCACAUCCAAGUAUUCGGCUGAUAAAUUCCAGAGUCAUUUUUACUUAUGAAUCGUCAGAAUAUCAUGUUUGUGAAACAAAAUACACUUGCAAAUUUUUUGGUUACAGACAGAAAUCAUGCUACCACGAAAACUGUUUUCAUGGUGACUAUGAAUGUGUCGAAGUGGGUUUUAACAAUGCAACAUCAGAAAUAUAUGUUGGUUCAAUAGUUGAUGAUUGUUGUGUUAUGCAGUGUAAUGAUUAAUGUACAUUAAAUUUGUUUGUUCUUGCUUGCAAUCUUUACAUUCAGUUAUGACAACGUAAUGGAAGUCGUUGUCAUGUGCUUGUUUCUGACACUUAUCGUAAUAUAUAUAAUUGGAAGCAGACGUUAAUUUAAACUCGACUUAUAAACCGGCCUUCCAGUCAAAACGAACACAUCAGUAAACUGAGAAGACAUUACUAACUACUUAAAAUUGCGUUCGUUGUGGCACUCAAGUAUCACGAGGAUCUUUGAUAUUAAUUUCUAUUUAUCAUGUCUCAGGAGGAUAUGUUUUCAAGAGAAAGUAUUUGAACUUUACCGGCAAUUCCAAGAUUAGUGUAGUAUAAUUCAUAUGAGUUUUAUAUUCGUUAUUGGCACUCUCUUUGCCACUUUCCCUCUCUCAUUGCUGAGUACUUUCAUGUGUUUACACAAAUAAAUUAUUAUAAUACUAUCUGGCCCCGUGCCGACAAAAAUGACGGCUAAUUGGGUAAUUUUUCAGAGUAACACCCGCACGAUUUUCCCUAAAAAAAAAAAAAAAAACUUUUUUGUGUGGAAUCCCUGACCUCCUAAUAAGCUGCAAAUUUCUUAUUUUGGUUCAAGAAAAGGUAGCGGGGAGGUGCGAAUGGGAUCCCCUUCCCCCACGGUCCCGGAUUUAUUGGAAUUUUUUUUUCUCGUUGAAUGAAUUCCGGUGACAUCCUAAUAUGCUAGAAAACCCAUUUUGGGGUGCGAAAAACGGAGUGCGGUGAGGUGGAAUCCUCGGUAAUAUCACCCACCCCUACUCCCAUUGAUCUUUUCACUAGCACGAUUUUCACUAAGGAAAAAAAUAAAAAACAAAUUUCCUGUGAAUUCGGGACAGAUUUGCGUAACUCUAAAACCCCAACCUCUAACCCUGGAAAAAUCAAUGGGAUGGGGUGGGUGAAAUUUCCGAGGCUUCCACCUCCGGACCCAAAAAUGGUUUUGUAGCAUAUUAGGAUGUCACAAGAAUUCAUUCAAAGAAAAAUAAAAUUUGCAAUGAAUCCGGAACCUGAGGUUCUUACUCGUGUCAAUCUCAUUAUAAGUAUACACGGAUUGUAAUGUGUCGUGAUGGUGUAUUGACCCCACAACCACGCUGUUCAUAGCUCAUAGACUCUCAAGUCAUUUUUACCCAUGAAUCGAAAAAGUAUUAUGUUUGUGAAACAAAAAAAAUAUCCUUGCAAUAUUUUUGGUUACAGUCAGCAAUCUUGUACUUUGAUAGAUUGUACUAAUGAAGGCUUGUAUUUUUGUGUCAAUGUAGGCUUUAACAAUGCAACAUCAGAAUUAUAUAUUGAUGCAAAAGUUGUUGAUUGUUGUAUUUCGAAAUGUUUUGAUGAUUAAUAUCAGACUAUUUUUUAUUUGCAUUUUAAAUUUACAUGUAUGUUCUUGCUUGCAAUAAAAUGUAUUCAUUUGCAUUAAAUUCAGUUCAAACAACGUGAUGGAA